CCGACGAUGCAGGUCAAGGUGAUCAAGACCGGCAAGCGCGCCAAGGACUACGGCCCCGUGGAGGUGGCGGGCUCGGCCCCUACCGUGGGGCAACUUAAGGUUGCUUUCGAGAAGCAUGCGCGCGUGUCUCGCAACCGUCAGAGCCUCAAGUUGCAGCAGGAUGGCGAAACUCUGGUGCCUCUAACGGACGACUCAAAGUUGCUGGUAGACUAUGGCGUCAAGAGCGGCUCAACGCUCGUUUUCCGCGAUCUCGGCCCGCAGAUCGGCUACCGUACCGUAUUCGUGGCCGAGUAUCUGGGCCCGCUGCUCUUCGUAUUGAGCUAUGCGGCCCGUCCGGCCUUCAUCUAUGGAGCCGAGGCCGCGUCGCAGCCUUUAAGCAACACGGCGCUACUAGGCGUGGCCGCCUGGUCGCUGCACUUCCUUAAGCGCGAGCUCGAGACCUUCUUCGUGCACCGCUUCAGUCGCCCCACUAUGCCUCUGCGUAACCUCUUUAAGAACUGUAUCUACUACUGGUCGUUCGGUGCCGUCGUGGGCUAUCCAUUGUGUCACCCACUGUACGCUGGCCCCACAUCGGAUGUCCAGGUUAAGGCCGGUCUGGCGCUUAUGGGCGUCUCCGAGUUCCUGAACCUCUGCGUGCACGUGCAGCUGCGUAACAUGCGCCCGGCGGAGGGCUCCAAGGAGCGCCCCAUCCCCAAAGGCCCGCUCUUCGCACUCGUGUCGUGCCCCAACUACACGUUCGAAGUGCUUGGAUGGGUCGGUUUCUCCAUCUUCACGCAGGUGGCCGCCAGCUACGUCUUCACCGUCGUAGGCUUCCUGCAGAUGGCCGACUGGGCCCUCAAGAAACACCGCGGAUACCUCAUGACGUACGGCGACGAGUACAAGAAGCUGCGUCGCAAGUCCAUCAUCCCCUUUUUUCUAUAGUGGGGUGGGUGCUGUAGUUUUCACGAAUGAGAAGUAUCAAUUGUCCUCUUGAA